UUGAUCAGCCGGUUAGGUAGAACGGUGUCAUGGCGCGACAAGUGACGCAGAGUGUGUUACUUGUCGAGGAAUCUAGCACGAAAGCCAGUAUGUGGGCUGCAUUUCGCUGUAACAAGACUUUCCUGAUACUGUGCCUGAUAAAUGUGAUCAUAAUCCAAAGUGUAGUGUAUUAUCAAGAAUGCAAGAAAUGGGAUGAACUAAGGUCCCAGUUGGAGCCAGUGAUAGGAGAUCUGCAGGCUAUGCAGGGUCUGACGUACAGCUUGCUGAAGAUAUUAGAGGCUCACGAUCUCUUUGUCGAGAACGCCCGCGGACGAGGGGAUAAUAAUCGGUCUGUGAUCUACGCGAUCACGCCCACGUUCGCCAGACCCGUGCAGAAGGCCGAGCUCACCAGACUAGCGCAGACAUUCCUCCACGUGCCGAACUUCCAUUGGAUCCUCGUGGAAGACGCUCCGCAGAAAACCGCUCUGGUCAGCCGGUUUCUGGAGACCAGUGGUUUAAUUUACACCCAUCUUUCGGCGGCGACUCCCCCAAACUAUAAGCUAGGCAGGAACGAUCCAAAUUGGAAAAAGCCGCGUGGAGUCGAGCAGCGAAACGCAGCUCUAAAAUGGCUCAGGGAAAAUCUCAAGCCAUCCGACAGAGGUGUCGUCUACUUUGCCGAUGAUGACAAUACUUACUCCGUCAAGCUAUUUCGCGAGAUGGAAAAAAUACAAAGAGUCGGCGUGUGGCCGGUCGGUUUAGUCGGCGGUUUAAUGGUAGAAAAGCCUAUUUGUGAUAACACUACUAAACAGGUACUCGGUUUUAACGCGGCGUGGAAACCAGACCGACCAUUUCCACUUGACAUGGCGGGUUUUGCCAUCAAUCUCGAACUAUUACUCAAGCACGAAGACGCGUGGUUCUCGUACGACGUGGAAGGUGGAUAUCAAGAGAGUGAAAUACUCAGACAAAUAGUCACCAAGGAUCAAUUGGAGCCAUUAGCGGACUUGUGUACAAAAGUGUACGUGUGGCAUACGCGAACGGAACCACCACAAUUAAACGUCGAACAGAUGUUGAAAAAAGGCAAACGUUCUAACGUCGGUAUCGAGGUAUGAAAAAGUUGAUCAUUUUAUGAAGUUAUCACCAGGCUGUCUUAACUUCAUAAAAACCGAU